GAAAUGCGGCGCGCACGGCUCGCCCGCGAGAUCCUAACCUCCGUUCCGUGGUCGCGCGGCUAACCUAAAAAGGCCCGUCUCGCCCGCGCGGGCCCGCGGCGAACGCAGCCAUUUUUAUUUACGGUCCGCGAUCCGCGCCUCCUUUUGCGCGCCGAUCGCGACCCGCCCGCGAUUCCGUCGUAAAAUGCGACGGCGAGGUCGUGCCCUCGACCUCGCGUCGAGAGGUUAGGCGCGGUGUCUGAUCGGCACGGCGAGACGCGCGUUGCCGAAAAAGAUUAAUAAAUUAUCAUUCAAAUCUGCGGGCUCGACGUUAAAUUUCAUUGUUUUCAUGCCUUUCCAGAACUAAUUAAAAAUUCAUUAAAAAUCCUUCCUCUAGAGUAGUACAACUCCGAUGUACUUAGUAAUGAUGUAUUUUUUUUUGUCAACACGAAUAUGAGGAUGAAUAGUAAUAAUGAAAUAUUACAAUCCUAAGGAGUACUGAUUUUUAUGCUAUAGAUUUAAUAUUUGUUUGCGAAUAAAGUAGAUGAAAUAGACAGUUUGAUAUAAAAUUGUGUGGCAAUCGAAAGACUCGUUGCAUUAAUAUUAAUCACAGAGAUUGUCGGGAAUAAAAUAUAAACAAUGCGGAAGAGUAUUACUGAUCGAGCAUCUUCCACAGGAGUUAAGGGACCGGUUUACCGAGAUGAGGGAGAUGGAUCUUGGUGUACAAAAUUCCAUGGAUAGCCUGGAAAAGAAAGUGAAGACGUUCUUUUCCAACGCCAAGAAGAUGAAGCUCAGUGAAAAGGAGGCGGAAUACGAGGCUAUCAGGAAAGAGUACUAUAAGACUCUGGAGGAUGCCGAUGAGAAGGUCCACUUAGCCAAUCAGAUGUACGACUUGGUGGACAGGUACCUGAGGAGGCUCGAUCAGGAGCUGCACAAGUUCAAGAUGGAAUUAGAGGCGGACAAUAAGGGCAUCACCGAGAUCCUGGAGAAGAGAUCACUGGAGCUGGACCAGCCACCUACGAAUAGUAGCCAAAAAGAAAAUCGUUACAGUUUUACUCCAAGCAGAACGCGGGACAAUCACAGCCAUUCUCGGUCGGAGAAGCGACGGGACUCCAAUGCAUCUUCUACGUCGGUCGAGAAGAGGCUGGCAAUUGAGAAGUUGCCAGCGACGACGAGUCUACCGGAGUCACGACCAGCGUCAGCGAAUUCCACGCCUAUUAUCGCGACGAGUAGUGUCGCACCGGCGCCGGCAGCGAUUGCCAAUUCUGUGGGAUCGGUAUGCUAUAAUCUCGGCCAUAUCGGUGCCGGCGGUAAUGCUAUUGCAGCGGCCGCGUCGCAGGCGAUCGCUGCCACGCAAUCAAUGCAACAGGGCAGACGAUCCGCCAGUCUAAAGGCGAGCUAUGAGGCCAUUAACACCGGCGGCGUACACGCCGCGGAAUUCAGCAGGGAACUCGCCGGUGCGGCGCAAACCGCCAUCGCCGCCAUACAGGAGACCACGAAAAAGCAUAAAAAAAAAGUAACAGCCACCGUGCCGAGUUCGAGCGUGAUCGCAGCUACGGUGCAACAACCCGUGUCACCACCGGUGGUUACCACAACUACGCAAGUAGUGGACCCGGACAAUCCAGAUUGGACGUACGAUCCGAACGAGCCGCGCUAUUGCAUAUGCAAUCAAGUGUCGUACGGCGACAUGGUUGCUUGUGACAAUUCAGACUGCCCCUUUGAAUGGUUCCAUUAUCCAUGUGUGGGCAUCACCGCGCCGCCCAAGGGGAAGUGGUACUGCCCUCAGUGUACGUCCUCGAUGAAGAGGCGUGGCGGACGGAAGAACUGAUUAGGUGAGGAGAAGAAGGAGAAGAAAAAGCUAAGGAACCUUGUUGACCACGUUAAGAAAGCAUUGUUGCUACUACCUCUUAGACACUGUCCGUCGAGUACCGACUUAGUUAGGAAGCCAUUAUUAGCUCUGAUUUUGUAUAACUUUUUCAAUGUGCUGUUUCGAGUCCGCGUCGUCAUCUUGACCUUCGGUCUUCUUUUUUUCGCAAUUGACCGAACAUACACAGGUACGACAAUGUUCUAUCAAAAUCUCGAAGUACAUCUAACGGAUAAAUCGACAGAUUUCAUAUACAUCUCAAUAUGUUUCGCAUACUGCCGUUACCCCUCUGAGCAAUAAGGGAAACGGGACGAGGUAAACAAAAAGGUGAUUCGGAAAAUAUAAGAAUCGUUAUAAUGUAUUCUUCGACGAGUUUGAAAUUGACUUGCUUCUCCUCAAAAACUUAGAUUUAGGUAUUAGGUAUUUAAUAGAAAACAUUUCCCGAUUAAUUAGGCUGUAAAUAAGUAAAGGAGCUCCAGUUUUUUAAGUAAUUUUAGAUGAGCCUUAGUUUAAUAGAAACUUAAUUUUAUGUAAAAUUUGAACCUCCAAUAUUUAAUGUGUUGAAAAUGAAGAAUUUACUUUUUUGAUGAAGGAAAACCGAACGCGAAACUAAACUUCGAAUUCGUCUGAGGAUAGCGACUUACUCUUUCGAAGCCACUUUAUAUAACGGAUUCUACUAAUUUCGAGGGAAGAAUUGUAGCGAAUUGGUGUAUAAAUAAAAUCAUCUAUGCAGCGAGGCGAACGUUGCCAAAAUGAA